AUAACUUCGUCUCUGCCAUUCACUUUUCACUUGACUCUGCCUUUUCUUUAUCUUUGCAGUUUCUCUGUUUCUGCCAUUGACUUGUGCAGUAUCAGUCCGGGACUUCGGUUCCUCCAGCUCAGCGCUGCCAUGGCCCCCAGAUUGAUCACCCGGAGGCUUGUUGUUCAUCCUGCAGGCGCUCGUCCUCGAUGUCUGAGGCGCUUCGCUAUACAAUCUCGCCUCACCACAACGACCAACCGCUCUCGACCGAUACUCCCCUUCCUCUUCGUACCCAGAUCCAGUCCAAACUCAGUACGGCGCUACACUUCCGAGCGAAAGCGAUGGUGGAAACAUGAGGCGAAGCUGGUGGUGCGCUACACGCUGACGCUCUGGGGAGUCGUCGUCUGCGUCUUGACCAUCUUCUUCGCCUUCAACGAAGAGGCUCUCGAACGAGAAUUCCCGACGCCCCACGAAUGGCACUACCUGACAAGAAAGUUCCUCCGAGACGCCAACAACUUUAAAGACCCCAAGAACGGCCAGAUCAACUGGGCGCGAGCACUGGAGCUCUCGCGCGGCGUUGUCAUCAGGCUGGAAGACCCCGCGAUUGAUGGACAGGACGUGGUGAAGCUCUCAGACGUGGUUGACCCCCAGCUGGAGGUGCCGGGCGAGUUCAUUGCAUGCGACAUCUCGGCCAAGUCAGAGGAGUGGCGCAGGGGCUACUUCGAGGCCAUCAUGCUGGCCGCCAAGGCUGCCGAGCACGUCGACGGCUGGCUGCGAGACACGACACGGAAUAUCGUCACCCCUCCGGAGUUCGUCAUUGGCCCCUCGAACCCUCAUCCGACUCCGAUCCCACCCGGAAACCCGUCCGCUCCGCGCGAGGAGGACUGCGAAACCGCAUAUCCGUCCGCCGACAAUUGGUACACUAAGAUCCUGGCGACCAAGGGCUUGACCUCGCGCCAAAAGGUGCAGGCAUGUCUGGAGUUCGCCAGCUUUAUGGAAUUUAAGAACAAUUCCGAAGCCGCCGAAUCCCUCUAUAAGCUAGCCCUAGCAGAGGCAACCUCCAGCCUGGACCCCAAGAAGCUUCCCUACGACCCAAGGACCUUUGUGCUUAAGGAGCGCGCCGAACCUCCCUCCCUAAACCUCCUCGACGCCCUCACAGCCACGGCCAACCACAUAGCCCGCAAGGGCGACGUCGCCUCCGCUCUCCCCAUCUACCUCUCUAUCCUCAAAGCCCGGCGCUCCCUCUCCGACGAUCCUCCCCGCGCAGCCGCCCCCAAACGCAAGACCGAAUCCUUCACCGGACAAAUCCUUAAGUUCUUCGCCCCGCCAGAAUACCCCCCUCCUCCUCCGGACGGCACCCAGCCCCCCUGGCGAAGCCCUUCCGAGCGCUGCCAGGAAGCCGCCCUGAACCUCUACAUUGGCGAAAUCCUCUACGCGACGGGCUCCAAGGACGAUGGCCUAGCAUGGACGAGAGACGGCGUGGAUCUGGCAGAGGAGCAGCUCCGAAGCCCAAAACUCAGCCAAGACACCACCCGCGAGGCAAAGACGACGUGCAGGAAUUGCUUGUCCACGGGGCUGGGCAACUGGUCCAUCAUGGUCUCGAGACUGGCAAAGGAGGAGAAGGAGAAGAAGGCGUCUGGCUCUCCGUCAUCCAUGUUCUCUUUCUGGAGCGGAUCGUCGCAGGACUCUGAGAGUCGCUGGGAGGCAGAGGAGGUGGUGAUUCAGGAGCGUGUGAAGCGGACGCGGGAGUUGUUGGAGGACGUGCAGGCGCCAAAGCCGGGCAUUGUGUCGUUUUUCAAGGUAUAGUCGUGUUCAGUCAUUACCUGUCACCACAACUCGCCAUCAUACCUUAUGGCUCCAAAGUUGGGCACUUAUUUACCACCAUGUAUCAAAUUGUGCUGUCCGAUAAAGGACUCGCCAAUUCUCAUUGUACUAUAAUAGCUGGCUAGUGGAAAUGGCGAAUGAUUGCUUUCCAUAUCACCUCAUGAUCAUG